CCACACAGCAGGCUUGUCUUUGAAGUGCUCGUUGACUGUAAGCAGGGCACCUUUUCUGCCAGAAGCCUCAACCCCUAAAGUUGAUGUUUUACAGGAUCCAGAGAGUAAUUUCAAAACCACUAUUUCAGUCCCUGAGGCAACUUUUUUUGUUACGCAAUUCCCGAAAACUGACCUCCAGAAUGGCUUUUCAGUAUCCUCAGGCUUACCGUGACGAGGCAGUUGUGGAUAACUAUCAUGGCCAGAACGUGCCAGAUCCAUACAGCUGGCUGGAAGACCCUGACAGUGAAAAGACACAGGCGUUUGUCACCGCUCAGAACCAGCUGACUUUGCCAUUUUUAGAGCGAUGUGAGGUGCGAGACCUGUUCAAGGAGCGCAUGACUGAGCUGUACGACUACCCCAAGUAUAGCUGUCCCUUCAAGAGGGGGAGCAGGUACUUUCACUUUUACAACACUGGCCUCCAGAACCAGAGUGUGAUGUACGUGCAGGAGAGCCUGGACGCUGAGCCCACUGUCUUCUUGGAUCCAAACACAUUUUCUGAUGACGGGACAGUUGCCCUGCGAGGCUAUGCGUUCUCUGAGGAUGGGGAGUAUCUGGCCUAUGGCACCAGUGCCAGUGGCUCAGACUGGGUGGAGAUCCGCUUCCUGCGGGUUGAAGACGCUGCGCCUCUAGAGGACCGCCUGGAGCGAGUCAAGUUUAGCUGCAUGUCCUGGACCCAUGAUGGGAAGGGCCUUUUCUACAACUCCUACCCUGAGCAGGAGGGCAAGAGUGAUGGCACUGAGACCUCCACCAACCUGCACCAGAAGCUAUACUUCCAUGUUUUGGGGACUCCCCAGUCGCAGGACGUGCUGUGUGCCGAGUUCCCUGACCACCCCAAAUGGAUGAUGGGAGCUGAGGUAUCAGAUGAUGGGCGCUACGUGCUGCUGUCCAUCAGGGAAGGUUGUGAUCCGGUCAACAGACUCUGGUAUUGUGACCUUGAGACCACCCCUGAGGGUAUUACAGGGCUAUUGCCAUGGGUGAAGCUAAUCGACAACUUUGACGCUGAGUACGAGUACGUGACCAACGAGGGCACAUUGUUCACGUUCAAGACAAACCUAGACGCCCCACGUUACCGCCUCAUCAACAUCGACUUCGCUUCUCCAGCUCAGAGCAACUGGAAGGAGCUCAUCCCUCAACACGACAAGGACGUUAUCGUGUUUGCCACCUGUACAUACUCCAGCUACCUGUUUGUAUGCUUCCUCCACGACGUGAAGAAUGUGUUGAAGAUGUAUCGUCUGAGCUCUGGGAAGGAGCUGAGGACCUUCCCGCUGGACGUAGGCUCUGUGGUCGGCUUCACAGGACGGAAGAGGGACUCAGAGAUUUUUUACUAUUUCACCUCCUUCCUCUCCCCGGCCAUCAUUUACCACUGUGACUUGACCAAGGAGCCACUGCAGCCCCACAUCUUCAGAGAAGUCACCGUCAAAGGCUUCGACCCCUCCGACUACCAGACCACCCAGAUCUUCUACGCCUCCAAGGACGGCACUCAAAUCCCCAUGUUUAUCGUUCACAAGAAGGGCAUCAAAAUGGACGGCUCCCAUCCGGGCUUCCUGUACGGAUACGGUGGCUUCAACAUCUCCAUCACGCCGAGCUACAGCGUCUCCCGCCUCAUCUUCGUAAGACACCUGGGAGGAGUCCUGGCUGUUGCCAACAUCCGAGGAGGAGGAGAGUACGGGGAGACCUGGCACAAAGCUGGCAUGUUGGCCAACAAGCAGAACUGCUUCACAGACUUCCAGCGUGCAGCUGAAUAUCUCAUCAAAGAGGGCUACACCUCUCCCUCCAAACUGACUAUAAACGGAGGCUCUAAUGGUGGCCUGCUCGUAGCUGCCUGUGUGAACCAGCGGCCUGAGCUGUUCGGCUGCGCUGUAGCUCAGGUAGGCGUCAUGGACAUGCUGAAGUUCCACAAGUUCACCAUCGGUCACGCCUGGACCACAGACUUCGGCUGCUCAGAAGACAAAGAGCAAUUUGAGUGGCUUAUCAAAUACUCCCCGCUUCAUAACAUCCGCAUUCCAGAAGGCAACGGGGUCCAGUACCCCGCGGUCCUGUUGCUGACGGGCGACCACGAUGAUCGGGUGGUGCCUCUCCACUCCCUCAAAUACAUCGCCACCCUGCAGCACAUUGUGGGCCGCAGUCCCAAGCAGACAAACCCUCUGUUCAUCCUGGUGGACACAAAGUCAGGCCACGGCGCCGGCAAGCCCACCAGCAAAGUCAUCCAGGAGGUGGCUGACACCUACGCCUUCAUCGCUCGCUGUCUCAAAAUCUCCUGGGUCAAAUAAGCUGCGUUUCCCAUCGAAGUGUGUGUUUUGUUUUGUUUGUUUUGUCCUCUUCCUUUACUCAAACCAUCUUUGGAUACAGCAACUGUUCAUAUAUUCUUUAUAACCUUACGCCAACACUUGGUACAGGAUCUUUUAUUGUCUUCACUCAUGUUUACCCAGCCAUGACUAAUUUUUUUAAAUUUUUCUUUUCUGUUUGUUUGUGUCCCUCCCCCUUUCACUAUAAGCCUGUUAGGCUCAUUUGUACACUACUACAAGCCAACAUGCAGCACCCACAGCUGUCAUACAGUCUCCUUUCAUCUAUGUUUGCAGUCCCAAUUCAACAAAUCACUACAUUAUCAACGAGAUGGGUGUGUAAAGGGAGAGGGCUACCUUCACGGUUACAGCAAUCAGCCGUUACAGUCAUGAGGUCAAAGUGGCACUUGUUUACGUGGAGAUCAUUUGUAAGAUUUGUGUAUGGAAAGUUUCUGCGUCCUCUGGAUGCUCCAACAUACAUAUUAUUUAUUUUUCGUUUGGAGUCUGUUGGAUGUCGAGUGAUUUCAGCAUGUACAAUUCUGAUAAGACAGUAUUGUGCAAAUGAUUAUACUGCAAGUCAACAGUAUUGCCGUGAGUGUGGAAACUUGCAAAAAAAACACUUUGCAUCAUGCGUGCGUGUGAAACAGUGUGUGUAUGUGUGUGUUUGAGAGUGUGUUUAAACGUCAGUCCCCACAUUUCUUUCAGACUGAUAAUGAUUUCUACCUCUUGACAUGUGCUGAUUGUUUACCUUUUAAAGGGAACAGAACACAAUGCCACAACUACAAUAAACAACUUUUGAAACAGUGA